CGGGAAUCGUUUUGAGUAGUGGGAAGCCCGCGUCGGCGUUGUUGCCAUUUUAUUUUCAACCCCUGUUCAACCCCUUCAACACAAUUUAAAGCCGAUAUUAUAAUUACUUAACAGUGUAAUGCAAGAGUUCAAACGUUAUAAAUAAUUAAAUUUCAUAAGUGCCUGGAAGGAUUAGAGAGAAAUAUUCUACGUAAUUAUUAUAAUAUAUAAACGUUUCACGCGAUUUCUUUGUUUUAAACAAUCGUAAACAAGAAAAUGUCUGGGCCAAUGGUAUUGUGUCAGUUAUGGAUGGGCGGCAACCAUACAUGACAGAAAGUUUUAUAAUGAAUGCAUUUCAUAAAAUGGGAGAACAACCGCAAACAGUUAAAGUAAUGAGAAAUCGUUACACCGGUGAACCAGCAGGUUAUUGUUUUGUACAUUUCCCCACUGACGAAAUGGCACUUGACGCUAUGCAUAAAUUAAAUGGCAAAGUGAUACCUGGUUCGAAUCCAGCUGUAAGAUUUCGAUUAAAUCAUGCUAGUACCACAGGCAAGCCUACUGCGGAAAGAGAGUUCAGUAUUUGGGUUGGAGAUUUGUCUACAGACGUGGACGAUUACUCUUUAUAUAGAGCAUUUGCGGCUAAAUAUAAUUCAAUCAGAACUGCGAAGGUGAUCUUAGACAGUUCUGGAUUUAGCAAGGGAUAUGGUUUUGUCAGAUUUGCUAAUGAAGAGGAACAGAAGAAUAGUUUAAUCACCAUGAAUGGAUAUAGAGGAUUGGGAACAAAAUCAUUAAAAAUUUGCAACGCCGUCCCUAGGCCUUGGAAUAAGAUAUCAGGAUCAACGCCUCCUCAGUCAUCAUCUGAAUAUACGACAUCAAAUAUGAGUUCAGACGCUUAUAAUUAUUAUGACACAUCUUCGUACUGGAAUAGUUACAGUGCAUGGCAGCAAGGCUAUUAUGAAAGUGAACCUACAUCCGAAGGAUACAGUAGCUAUAUAUCUGAUCAGAAACCUGAGGAAGAUGAGUUGGAACUAAUUGAGCACUCAGUCCCUAUAGACAUCGACAAAUUGAAUAGGGAAAUUAUAGAACAAGAUUACAAUUUGUGGGAUGCUUUGGAAAGUUCCAAAUGGAUUCCAUGUGACACGUUGGAAUUAUGUUACUGAAAUUGUAUAUAAAUUAUUCCUAAUUCUUAUACUACUUACUUAUACUCACCUGUAUUUUAAUUAAUAUUGUAAAUAAAUCUCUGAUUCAUAAUAAAUAAAAG